AUGGCCGCGGGAGCCGGGACGGCGGGCCCCGCUUCCGGCCCGGGCGUCGUGCGUGACCCAGCGCCGUCACAGCCGAGGAAGCGGCCGGGCCGGGAGGGCGGGGAGGGCGCGCGGCGGUCGGACGCGAUGGCGGGAGGAGGGGGGAGUAGCGACGGCAGCGGGCGGGCAGCUGGCAGGCGGGCGUCCCGCAGUAGCGGGCGGGUCCGGCGGGGGCGCCACGAGCCGGGGCUGGGGGGCCCGGCGGAGCGCGGCGCGGGGGAGGCACGACUGGAAGAGGCAGUCAGUCGCUGGAUGCCCAAGUUCUACUUCCACGAGGCACUGCGGGCCUUUCGGGGUAGCCGGUACGGGGACUUCAGACAGAUCCGGGACAUCAUGCAGGCUUUGCUUGUCAGGCCCUUGGGGAAGGAGCACACCGUGUCCCGUUUGCUGCGGGUUAUGCAGUGUCUGUCGCGCAUUGAAGAAGGAAAAUUUAGGUAUGACUGUUCCUUUGAUAUGGAGGCUGAGCUGACACCACUGGAAUCAGCUGUCAAUGUGCUGGAGAUGAUUAAAAUGGAAUUUACACUGACAGAAGCAGUGGUCGAAUCCAGUAGAAAACUGGUCAAGGAAGCUGCUGUCAUUAUUUGUAUCAAAAACAAAGAAUUUGAAAAGGCUUCAAAAGUUUUGAAAAAACAUAUGUCCAAGGACCCCACAACUCAGAAGCUGAGAAAUGAUCUCCUGAAUAUUAUUCGAGAAAAGAACUUGGCCCAUCCUGUUAUCCAGAACUUUUCCUAUGAGACCUUCCAGCAGAAGAUGCUGCGCUUCCUGGAGAGCCACCUGGAUGACGCCGAGCCCUGCCUCGUCACGAUGGCCAAAAAGGCUUUGAAAUCUGAGUCUGCUGCCUCAAGUACAGGGAAGGAAGAUAAACAGCCAGCACCAGGGCCUGUGGAAAAGCCACCCAGAGAACCCGCAAGGCAGCUACGGAAUCCUCCAACCACCAUUGGAAUGAUGACUCUGAAAGCAGCUUUCAAGACUUUGUCUGGUGCCCAGGAUUCUGAGGCAGCCUUUGCAAAACUGGACCAGAAGGAUCUGGUUCUUCCUACUCAAGCGCCUGUAAUCCCAGCUACUUGGGAAGCUGAGGCAGAGAAUUGCUUGAAUCCGGGAGGCGGGGGUUGCAGUGAGCCGAGAUCACACCAGUAUUAACUGUUACACCAUUGAUACAAUCUGUUACACAUGCAUCUGUUACACGAUUGCAUUCAUCUUUAGGCAGUCUUAGUUUUUCACCCUUAACUCUCACAACUUUUGAGAAUCAGUUGGAUCCAUUUUAUUAUGGUUUGUUUGUUAUAAUAGAGUACAUUCAAUGUCUUUGUUUUACUUCACUGUUCUACUCCUUAGCUGGCUUGCCUUGGGCAAGUUAUGCAAGCUUUUGGAACCUCAGUUUUUUCAUCUGAAAAUUAGAGAUUAUGGGAGUCCAUAAGACAGAAUUAAUAUUUUUAAAAAAUGGAGUUGACAUUACAGCAUAAAAGCAUAAGUUUCAUUGUUUCCUCUCAAGUAUUCAUUAUUCAAACUACCAUGUCGUGAGCUCUAUGAUAGAAAUCAUCUGGAAAUAAAAUAUGCCAUUUUACCACAA